CUGGCAUGGGAGCAGGCAGAGUCUGGGGUGGGAACAGCAGAAAGUGUAUCAGGAUUUGCCUUGGAAAAGGCUGAGGCAGGAGAGAGGAAAGCAGUGCUCAAGAGGGAGAGGGAAAGGCAGGAUGGACCUGGGGGAGAGACCAGCUCUAUCUCCUGCAGGGAGGGAGCUGAGCUACCUGGGAGCAUGAUUGGGAAGAACAUGCCCAUUCUCACUCUGGCAGGUGGUCACAUCUUGAGGAAUAGUGUCCUCCCUGACUUCAUCCCUCCAGCCACCCAGGACCAGCUCAGAAUUUCCCAGGGAUUCUCCCUGCUUGUGCUUCCAAGUGAGGAGCAGUAGAGGGAGACUGGGAAAAGCUGCUGGAGGCUUCCCUGGCUGGAGAGCUCCAGGGAGAUGUGCAGGCUGGGUUGGUUCAGUCACUGUCCCAUGUGAGGCUGGGGCUGGAGGACCCUCCCAGCCCAGUCCCAGCCCCAUUUCAUUGUCAGACUCUGACCCUGCAUGCUCCCUGCUGCUGCCUCUGCCUUGUGCCUUCAGGUAUGUGGGCACCUUCCUCUGUAUCCAGAGCCAUGCAGGGUCAGCUCAACCUGCAGAAACUCAGCCUGUGCCCUGUGUCCAAAGCUCAGCCUGUGCCCAAACUCCAAAGAAAGUUUGGGCAUCCCGUGGAGGGAUGAGUUUCACAGACAGAAACAUGGCUCUGCUGUGCCUUGUCCUACAUUCUGCAAGGUGUGGCUCUCCCCUGUGCUGAGGGGAAUGUUAACCAGAAGUCACACAGAGUCAGCUGCAAACCUGCAAAACAAUGGAUUUUGGAGCUUGGAGGCACCUCUGGGAUGUCCUGUCCAUCCACUGGCCUAGCAGAGCCAGCUUCAGUGGGUCCAUCAUGGUGGGAUUGCUGAGAUACGCUGUGCAGGCUCAGGAGUUGGACUCAAUAGUCCUUGUGGGUCCCUUCCAACACAGGGAGUUCUAUGAUUCUGUUCUAGAAUUAGGCUGCUGGAAGCUGUGACCAGGUGGGGUUUGAGAAUCUCCCCGACUUGGACCUCCCAGCAGCUUGGGAGUCUGCUCUGGUUUUACUGCCCUCACAGGAAAAAAAAAAAUUAAGUGGCAUUUGCUGUUCUUGCUUUGUUCCUGUCUCAGUCCUUAUUGGGACACUCCUCCCUGCUCAAAGAGUUGGGUCCCUGCACCCUCCUGCCAGGGCUUAGCUGAGUGACAUCCCCCUGCACCUUCUCCAAGCUGGGCACAUCCAGCUCAGCCUCUCCUUGUGGGAGAUGCAGUGCCCUCAUCAUCAUCAGGGAAUAUCCUUCUGUGGAGAUACUGGAGAUACUCAAAAACCAUCUGGACACAUCCUCCAGGGAACCCUUGUGGAGCAGAGGGGUGGGAUGGGGUGGCCUCCCGUCAUGCCUUCCAUUCUGUUACUAUCCUGUGAUCAUCAUCACUCGAUCUGCUCCAGUAUGCCCACAUCUCCUAUCUCCUACUGGGAGCACCAGCAUCCCCAGUGCAAAGGGGAGGGGUCAGAUCUGUGAGAGAGCCCAUGGCACCCAGGAGGCCAGUGGCUACUUUGCCAGUGGCCAGCUUGGUGCUGCCAGGUUACUGGGCAGGGCUUCUGCUCUCCAGCAUGCCUGGACUGGGGCUGCUGGUCCUCACUGGGCCUGGCUGGCAUUGGGAGAAAGAGCUGAGCCUGUGUUUUACUGCGCCUGUUGCAAUCCCACUGCAAUCUGCCUUCCAAGGCCGUUGGCUCAGUGGGAGGAUCUGCUCAACAGGGCCCCUCUCAGGGACAAAGGCUGUGGCAGCAGAGGGGAGAGGGGUCCUGUGGAGCAGCAGCCCCUUCUUCCCCUGCCCAGGUAAGGAAACCAGUGGGGUCAGUAGUUGCCAUCUCCAGGCAACACUGGUGGUGAUCUGUGGGGCUCUGGCUGCCAAGCUGUGCUUCCAGGCUCAUCCGCCCUUGCUGGGGCUCUGCCAGGAGUGUUUUGCCCCAGGAAUGACCUGUUUGUGGCCCUGGAGCUGUGCCCCUUCGCCCCAUGGCAUUCAUGAGCUGGGUGCUGAGAUGCUCCUGCCAGCCAGAGUGGAGUAGGCAGGGUGAAGGCUGGCUCCUCCUGAUGGCAUCUUGGGAUCCCCAGGCUCCAGAGGGACCUCAGAGCCCCUUUCAGUGCCUAAAGGGGCUCCAGGAGAGCCUGGAGAGGGACUUUGGACAAGAACUUGGUGUGACAAGACAAGAUGGAAUGACUUCCCACUGGCAGAGGGCAGGGGACUGGCAGAGCCCCCAUACCCCUGGCAGAGGUGCCAGCUUCCCUCACAGGGCUGGCAGCAUCCCUCGCUUGGCAGGAAGCAUCCUCAUCCUUCACCAAGCCGACACAUUCCACCGGGCUGUGCCCCGUCCCAGUCAGAGUGUCACCCACCAUCUUGUUCUGCAUGGAGAACGGGCUGAAGAAGAGAGGUUCAGUGGGGAAAAGCCGAAGGUCUCCAUGGGGCACCUGGCUCCAGCUCGCUGCUGAGGUGCUGGCGGUGCUGCUGACAGGAUCACGCUGUGCUGUCCCAGUCGGCACAGCCUCGCCAUAAACCCACUGCCUGGCUGGGGAGCCGAUAACAGCGGGGCUGAAGUCCAACGCAGGCGGCUCCUGGGGAGCACAUUCCAGCCCGGGGCUCACGGUGUGGCCUCUUCCAGCUCCGUUUUACCGUCGCAGUGACUGGGAUGGCUGGAGGCAGGCAGGCGAUGCUGGCCCUCCUGGUGCUGCUGGCCAGAACCUUCCUCCCCAGUGAAUCUGUGGUCAUCAACAGCUGCAGCAGCGUGGCUGAGCAGCUCUGCAACUUCGUCUGUGACUGCAGCGACUGCUCGGAUGAGAACCAGUGUGGGUACCUACGGGACUCAGCAGUGCUGGGCACCCCCUUCACCUGUGACUUUGAGGACAGUGACUGUGGCUGGCAGGACGUGAGCACCUCAAUGUAUGGAUGGGUGCGAGGCCGGGCCAGCCUGGCCAUGUGGGGCAUGGGGCCUCAUUCAGAUCACACCGUGGGCACGGAUCUGGGUUGGUUCUUGGUGACCAUGUCCCCCCCAGCAAAGACCGCAGCCACAGCCUGGCUCAGGUCACCGGAGAUGCGGGAAGCAGCUGCCACAUGUGAGAUCAGAGCCUGGUAUCACCUCUCAGGGAGCUGUGAGAGCACCCAAGGGCAGAAGCAGACAGAGCGGCCGGUGCUGCGCCUGGCUGUGGCACACAAGGAUGAGGUGGUGGGGCUGUGGCAGAGCCCUGAGCACAGCAGUGAGGGCUGGCACCAGCUGGUUGCCUACCCCGGCCGGAUCAUGGAGCAGUUCCAGCUCAUCUUCUCCCUGACACAGCCCCCCACCUGCGGGGCAGAGGUGGCACUUGAUGACAUCAUGUUCAGGAACUGUGGCUUACCAGAGGUCGGGCAGCAGGCCUGCGGGGCCCAGGAGAGCCGCUGCCACCGCGGCUCCUGCCUGGCACAUCACCGUUUCUGCGACGGCACCGACGACUGCGGGGACAACUCAGACGAGGGCACAGCGCAGUGCAAGAACUUCACCCACUGCUCCUUUGAUUAUGAUCUCUGUGACUGGGAGAUAGUGGCUGGGCCACCAGUGUGGGGCAGGAACACGAGCCUGAACCUGGGCACCUCCUACAACAUUCCCACUCGGGACCACAGCAACAACAGCAGGGCUGGUUUUUUCCUCCAUGUGAGCAGUGACCCCACUGCACAGGCUGGUGGCACAGCUCAGCUCAGCAGCCCCACCUUCCAAGCCACCAACUCCUGUUCUCUCGUGCUGUACUGCCACCUCCAUGGUUCAGACACUAGCAACCUCAGCAUCUCCUAUGUGACCAACUCUACCAAGCACCUGAUGAGGGAAAGGACAGGAGACCUGGGCAGCUGCUGGGUCCGGGAGAGAGUGGACUUCAACGUGACGGAUCCCUUCAAGGUGCUGAUCGAGGGGGUGGCUGGCAGCGGGGGAACCGUGGCCAUCGAUGAUCUGAUCCUGUCUCAGGGCUGUGUGAAGGAGCAGGAGAAGCCUCUGGUCACACUGCCGAGCCAGGCCAGUGCCAGCCCCUGCGCAGCAGACAAGGUGGCCUGUGACAGUGGGGACUGCAUUGCCGCAGAGCUGGCCUGCGACUUCGCUGACACGUGUGCUGAUGGCUCCGAUGAGAAGCGCUGUGGGACAACAACCUUUGAGUCAGGGGCUGGGGGCUGGCACGACGUCAGCAUGGGGCGGCUGCGCUGGGGUCUGCAGAAGGUCACUGAAUCUGACAUCUUCCUCACAGGGACUUUCCUGGCCCUCCAGACAGGAGAAGGACAGAUGGUGGGUCCUGCGAAGGCACGAUCGCCUCCACUGGGCCCCUCUAGCCCUACCUGCACCAUGGAGAUGAGCUACCACAUCCACAGUGACCCCCAAGGCUUCCUUGCCAUCAGUGUCGCAGAUCACACCACUGGCACCACCCAACUGAUCUGGCAGACACAACAUCGUGGCAGCACAACUGGGGGUCGUGUCCGUGUCCCUCUGGGAGACAGAAGCCGGCCCUUUCAGGUCGAGCUGCUGGCACUGGUGGAUCUCCAGGGCUCAGCGAGUGUUGGUGUUGACAACGUGACAUUCAAGCAAUGCUACCUUGACGUGGUUUCACCCACAGCUGCGGAGCUGUCCUGCAACUUUGAGAGGGGCAUGUGUGGCUGGUACCAGGAUCUGUCCAGUGACUUCAAAUGGGUCCACAGCACAGGGCAGGGACAGGGCUCUGACCACACCACCGGCUCGGGCUACUUCUUGUCCGUGGACUCCUCUGCGCCAUGGAGCCAUGGGCAGCGGGCCCAGCUCCUCACCUCCCUCCAGGAGCCGGCUGCUGCCCCACGCUGUCUCUCCUUCUGGUACCGCCUGGCCGGCCCACAAAUUGGUACCCUGAACCUCAAGCUGUGGCCAGAGAGAGGGGAGGAGGUGGUGCUGUGGACCCGCCGAGGAACCCAGGGCAGCCUCUGGCACCGGGCAUGGGCAACACUGCCCUCCACGGGCCAGCAGCGGUACCAGGUGGCUUUCGAGAUGCUGCAUGACGGUUUCCUGGGGGACGUGGGGCUGGACGACAUCACGCAGACAGCGGGACCCUGUGGGGCCAAGCUCUCCUGCUCCUUCGAGGUGGAGGGCUGUGGGCUGGCAGCCAGUGGAAAGGGCACCUGGCAGCGUCAGAGCAAUGGCACCGGCACAACCGCUGGCCCUGUGGCCGACCAUACCACCGGCACCUCUGCAGGCCAUUACAUGGUGGUGAACACGGGCAGGGUCUCCCUGCCUGCUGGGCACACAGCUGCCCUCACCUCCCAGCCCUACCAGCCCUCCGUGUCUGCCCAGUGCCUGGUCUUCUGGUACCAGCUGAGCGCUGGGACCCCAGGCUCCCUCAGGGUGUUUGUGGAGCAGAGCAGAGUGAGGAGGAAGGUUCUGAGCAUAAGCACCAUGGAAGGGAGCAACUGGCACCGCAGCCAUGUGACUGUCCAGCCCGAUGGUGAAUGGCAGGUGGUGUUCGAGGCAGUGGGAGCUGGGGGUGAUCACGGAUACAUCGCACUGGACGACCUGCACGUGUUGGAGGGAGCCUGUCCCAAGCCAGCAUCCUGUGACUUCGAGCGGGACACUUGUGGCUGGAGCAGCCCCUCGGACACCCGCUUGCACAGCUUUGCCUGGGGCUGGAAGAGUGGGAUCACCCUGGCCAAGUACCCUGGCCCUGAGCAGGAUCACACUCUGGGUACAAGGAAUGGUCACUACAUGCACUUCGACACCAGCGUGCUGGGUGCCAGGGGCACCAGUGCCCUGCUGGAGAGCCCACCCCUGCCCGCAGCCACUGACUCCUGCCUGCGCUUCUGGUACCACAUGGACAUCCCAGAGCACCUCUCCAGUGGGGAGCUGCGGGUGGCGCUGCACGGCACAGCGGGGCAGCGGACGGUGUGGAGCGUGACAGGGCAUCGCAGCCGGGGCUGGAAGGGCGCCGUGGUGCCGGUGCAGAGCCCCAGUGAGUUCCAGAUCAGCUUUGAGAUCACCACACGGAGGUGGCCGAUGGAGGGGACAGUGGCACUGGAUGACAUCAUGUACAGCACCAGGGUGGGCUGCCAUUCCAGUCCGGAGAUUCCAGUGGAAGAGAAGCCCUCCGGCAGUUUCGGCAGUUUCGUGGCGGAGGUGGUGCUCGGUGUGCUCCUGGCCCUCGUCAUUGUGGCGCUGGUGGCUGCUGGGGGCUGGUACUGCCUGAAACAGCGAAGGCUGGCGAGCAGGACACCGAUAGAGAGCAACAGUUCCCAGGGCUUCGACAACAUCACCUUCCGAGAUGACAAGGUCAUUAUAUCGUCAAGGGAGGGGGAUCAGUCUUGAAACUAGCAGCCAGCAGCAGGAAUUGCCUACUCCCCCCCGGGCAGACCACCCCUCGACAGGAACCCACACUCCAUCAGCUGCCUGCCCUCUGCCCCGGCACCGGGGAAGCUGGCGAUCCGAGGAGCGUGCCCCGCCCAGGGACACGCCGCUGUCAUCGCUAUCUCGCGGUGCUCAGGGAAAGCGUUUUUGUUGUUUGUAACGUGAACUUUUUGCUUCCAAGA